AAAAUACUUCGUAAUUUUCUUUCCUCAAACUCCAACUCGCACAGUCGUAGGAGAGCUACUCUUCUCUUCGUCUCCUUCCUCAUAUUCCUCUUAGAAUCCUCGAAAAAUAGUCUUGCAGACAAGUGUAUAGCUGCAUCACCACCUCUGGUCGGCGGCGCCGCUGCCAAGUGCCAACCACCUCUCGUUUCCUGCUGCUGCUAUUCUCGGUGUUGACGACAGUGCAGGCAACCCUCCUUCCCUGGCUCAGAGAUGGGCCUGUGAAUAACCCACUUUUACUUCUGUCAGUUAUCAUUAGUGAAGGGACAAUGUCGGUUAUGGUGGAAACCAGUUUAGGCGAAUUUGUCAUUGACUUGUUCAGUGAUCGCUGUCCGUUAACUUGCAAGAACUUUUUGAAGCUUUGCAAGAUCAAAUACUACAAUGGCUGUUUGUUUCACACUGUGCAGAAGGAUUUUACCGCUCAAACUGGUGAUCCAACUGGAACAGGCAGUGGUGGCGACUCCAUCUAUAGGUUUCUAUAUGGUGACCAAGCCCGUUUCUUCAAUGAUGAAAUUUACCCAGGCGUGAAGCACACAAAAAUGGGUACUGUCGCCAUGGCUAGUGCUGGGGAGAACCUGAAUGCAUCCCAGUUCUAUAUAACAUUACGGGAUGACCUUGACUACCUUGAUGAGAAGCAUACUGUAUUUGGGGAGGUUGCAGAAGGUCUUGAGACGCUGACGAGAAUAAAUGAAGCUUAUUUGGAUGAGAAAGGGAGACCAUAUAAGAAUAUAAGAAUAAAGCACACUUAUGUACUUGACGAUCCUUUUGAAGACCCUCCACUGCUGACUGAUUUAAUACCCGAUGCUUCCCCUGAAGGCAUACCAAGAGAAGAGGUUGUAGAUGAUGUGAGACUUGAAGAUGAUUGGGAACCCAUGGAUGAACAAUUAGCUCCAGAAGAUCUGGUGGAAGCUAUACGUACAAAGGAAGCACAUUCCAGGGCUGUGGUUCUUGAAAGUAUUGGUGACAUCCCAGAUGCUGAUGUAAAGCCUCCUGAUAAUGUGUUGUUUGUGUGCAAACUUAAUCCGGUUACGGAGGAUGAAGACUUGCAUACAAUAUUCUCACGCUUUGGAACUGUUACAUCGGCUGAGGUUAUCCGUGAUUUCAAGACUGGAGAUAGCCUGUGUUAUGCUUUCAUUGAGUUUGAGAGUAAUGAAGCUUGUGAGCAAGCUUACUUUAAGAUGGACAAUGCAUUGAUAGAUGACAGAAGGAUAAAAGUUGAUUUUAGUCAGAGUGUUUCAAAGCUUUGGAAUCAGUUCAGAAGGAAGGGAACUCAAGGAAGAGGAUGCUUCAAAUGUGGUGCACUGGAUCAUGUUGCAAAAGAUUGCCCCAUUGGAGAAACCCCUGGUCAGCAUCAGAAGUAUGUCCUGAAAGAAAACAAUCAGCAGCAUGGUGGAGAUAAAGAUUCAGGCUAUGAGAUGGUGUUUGAUGAUGACGGUGGUAGCCCACAAAGAGAAAAGAGACAACUAGAUAAUGAGCAAGAUUCUAGGAAAAAACACAAAUCUGAUAGGAGGGGUUAUGGCGAAGAUAUACACAAAAGUUACAGAAAUAAAGACUCCAGGGAUAGUGACAGACGAAGUCAUAAAAAUGAUGAACAUAAUGGACAUGGUAGUCAAAGAGAAAAUAGUCAUGGGAGAGAUGAUAGAGACAAAGAGAAGGGUAAUGUAAGGGAUUACAGGGAUAAAGAGAAAGGUCAUAGGAGGGAUGACAGGGACAAAGAGAAAGGUCAUAGGAGGGACGACAAAGAUAAAGAUAAUGGCAACAGAAGGGAUUACAGGGUUAAGGAGAAAGGUCAUGGGAGGGAUGACGGGGAGAAAGAGAGAGGUCAUGAUGGGAGGGAUGAUAGGGAUCGGAGAGAGAGUAGGUAUGGUGGCCGGAGUGAGCAGGAACACCGAGAGAGGAGAAAUGAUGGGGAUUACAGAAAGAAGAAUGCUGAUAUUGAUAGAUUAGACAAGAGAAAUGAUGGGUUUAGUAGGAACAAGGAUAGGAGAGAUUUAGAUGAUGUACCAAACAUCAAAAAGGAAGAGCAAAAUCAUGGAAGAAGAAGCUCAAGAGAUUAUUAUGCUCAUGGCAGUGAUGAUAGAAGACAAGGUGACAGGAGGUGAACUUCAUCGAUUCAUUUUAAAUAGAUGUUCCUUUUAAUUUGUAGGAUAUUUUCCUCUUAAAAUUAUGUGUCUAUACCUACCUAGGUAAAAGAGAUACAUUGUUGAGUGUCUCUCAUCUACUAGAGUUCUCAGUUUUGUAUGAGCAUAACUGUAUAACUGUAUACAUACUGAUGAGAAGUCGAUGUGCUGAACCAAGAGAAGGAAAUACCAAGUAUCGGUUUUUUUAAGUAGGGUAUUGUUGUAAUGAAAAUACUGUAUACAUCUGUGGGAAUGUGAUGAGGAAUUUGAAAAUUUUCAA